GGCGCUCGUGAACGCCCAUGGAACUGUCAAACCCGGAGCGCGUGCUGAGAGACAGCGCGAGCCUUCAUCCCAAUGCAUCUCUCUCUGAGCUGAGUGAACGUACAGUAAAAAGGAGAAGGAAAAAACAAACAAAUCCUUUUACCUGGACGAUGCAGCCAGAUAUGGAUUAAAAAUCCUCGGCAAUGUCUUCUCUAAAACGUCCUCGUCUCCAAACACACACCGUGUGACUAUGUGGAUCUUUGUCAGAAAACUGGUUGUUGUUUUUCUGCACUCUUGAUACCGGGUGUGUAUAGAAGCUUCAGCAGCUGAAACAUAUAAUGGAGACGUUCUCAAGAGCAGAGUGCCAGAUCUGCUUUAACCCUUUCAGCCCUGGACGGCGGCCCAAACUUCUCGAGUGCAGGCACACUUGCUGCUCGGCGUGUUUACAUCAGAUGGUGUUGAAUCACAGGGAAGUCCGCUGCCCCUGGUGCCGCCAUGUCACACAUCUUAGCGGUCUCUCCGUGUUCCAGCUCCCAGAUGAUCCGGAAGCACUCUCAGCCAUUACAUUGGCGCACGCACCUGUUUUUAUCCGACUGCCCAAUAGCAGCUGCUACUUGCUGCCUUUGUCAGCGGACGAUCAGGCCUACCGAUACAGCUACAAAAACCCAGAGAGGACAACUCAACCUGAACACCUUACAACCGGAGAAGAGGAGGAGGUUGAAGUGAGUGAUGUGACAAUGAAAAGUUCAGCCUGGUCAAGGUUCUGCACCGUCCUCCUGGUAGCCAUCAUCCUCAUCUUCCUCCUGGCUAUCGUCCUGCACAACAUGUCUUGCGUGUCCAAACGCUUCAGCAUCAUCUCCUGUGGAUGAAAGAUGAGACUGGGACUCGACUGUCAAAUACUUGUCAAAUUUCCUACAAAGAAGGAAGGUGAAGGAUUUCAGACACCACAGCACAACAGCCUCACUCUCAUCUUUGGGAUCUGUCCCAAAUCACACGUCUUAUUCACUAUACAGGGAACAAAAAUCAAUGUUAACUAUAUAGACUACAUAAUGUAUGGGUGGUAACUGUGUUCUGUCAUGAAUGCUCUGCACAAAUAAGUGCUCUGGACAAAUGAGUGCUCUGGACAAAUGAGUGCUCUGGAUAAAUGAGUGCUCUGGACAAAUGAGUGCUCUGGACAAAUGAGUGCUCUGGACAAAUGAGUGCUCUGGACAAAUGAGUGCUCUGGACAAAUGAGUGCUCUGGAUAAAUGAGUGCUCUGGAUAAAUGAGUGCUCUGGACAAAUGAGUGCUCUCGAUAAAUGAGUGCUCUGGACAAAUGAGUGCUCUGGACAAAUGAGUGCUUUUGUAUCCGGAAGAGGAGAGAGUGAAUGAAGAGACUCUGGCUAUUACAAGAGCCAGUAAGAGAUUUACUGGUGGCAGGAGUGUAAAGCACCACAAGUAAAUUAUUGUUCUUUUUUGUCUGUAUGGGAUGGGAGGUUGGGAGGUGUUCUGAUAAAUGUUGUGGACUUUCUCCAUCUCAACACAAAAUGGACGUUAAUUAUGUGCUGUUUUUUAUUUUCUUCUUCUUUGGCCAGCGUACAGAUAAAGGCCAAGCGUGUUGCAAUGUUCAGCUGUUUCAUACUGUAAUGUGGUAGCAGUGUAACUGUGAUGAAUUUUAAAAUGUAGCAUGAGUUUAAGAAGGUUUACACAUGUAGUGUUGGAAUCCAGACCAAAAAAAAAAAAAAAAUAACCCAGAGAUCGCACCAUGGUUCUGGGACUUUCUUAAAUAUUAGAACCAUUUGGUUUUUCUUUGGUGUUUUUUUCCUUUUUUUUUUUUUCCUUACAGUUUUGCAUAUUGUGAAAUACAAUGGGGUCAAAUAAAAGUUAGAAAACAAACCCCAGCUAACAACUACUGUACACUGUUUAGAACGAGUUUGAAAGAAAUAUUUUAUAUACUGAUUCAAUACAAAUCCUAUUUGCUGGAUUUCCGUCUUCAGCCCUGCUACAUUUUUAACUUACAACAAUUUUCUAGGUGUUAAAUGUUGCUUUCAAAUGUAUAAUAAAUGACCUGAGUGUUAUGAGUCAUUCCUCUGGAUGUUAUUAGAACUGAAUAUCUAAUGCUGAAUUCUGAUUGAUCAGAUAGUGCAGGAGUCUUACAUUGAACUUCAGGACUUCUUUUUGUGACUUUAAUGAAAAGGGUUUGGGAUUUAACAAUAUAAUAAAAAAUAUAUAAUAGAACUACUGUA